UUGGUAGAGUCUGGAAGGUCAAAGGUGAAAAAGGCGGAACUAACUGAACCACAACCAAACUUUUCUGGUUUACACUAACGUGAUAAGGUUUGGCUGUUGUAAUGUUAUACAAAUCACUGGUAGGGAGUGCCUGCACUCUAAUAGGAGCUGCCACUGUCUUCAAAUACGCAACCCAAGAAGUCAAAGCCCAAGCAGCGGCUCUCCUUCACAGCGCAGUGAGGAAAACAUCUUUGGUGGAGCAAGCCAACAUGAGGGUUGAACUUCUCCCAGCUCUCAGUGACAACUACAUGUAUCUCCUCAUCGACACGGACACCAAAGAAGCAGCGAUUGUUGACCCUGUGGAGCCAAUAAAGGUUGUGGAGGCAGUCAGAAAACAUGGUGUCAAACUCACAACCGUCCUGACCACCCACCACCACUGGGAUCACGCUGGAGGCAAUGAGAAGAUGGUGAAGCUCAUGCCCGGGCUGAAAGUCUACGGAGGAGACGAUCGAGUGGACGCGCUAACCAAAAAAGUCACUCACUCCCACAGUUUCAAACUUGGAUCGCUUAACGUCAAAUGUCUGUUCACGCCAUGUCACACAACUGGCCACAUCUGCUACUAUGUGACCAAAGACAACAGCUCUGAGCCUCCAGCAGUUUUCACAGGCGACACGCUGUUUGUGGCUGGAUGUGGGAAAUUCUUUGAGGGGACCGCAGAGCAAAUGUAUAAAGCCCUGAUUGAAAUUCUGGGACGCCUGCCUGCUGAAACGCGCGUCUACUGUGGUCAUGAGUACACCGUCAGCAAUCUGAAGUUUGCACGCCAUGUGGAACCAGACAAUGAAGUCAUUCAGAAGAAGCUAGCAUGGGCAAAGGAGAAAUGCAGCAAUGGAGAACCUACAAUCCCAUCCACUUUGGAAGAUGAGUUCACCUUUAACCCAUUUAUGAGAGUCAAAGAGAAGCCAGUCCAAGAUCAUGUCAAGCAGACCGAUCCAAUUGAAACGAUGAGGAGUCUUCGGAAAGAGAAGGAUGGCUUCAGGGUGCCAAAGGAGUGAUGCUCUGUGCACGCCAGACUCUUUCCGCCCAACAAUAAUGCAAUAUUGUCAUACAUCAAGAUUAAUCUGCAAAUCAUCUUCCAAUUUUCACUCAGUAUCAAUCUAACUAUAAUAUAAGACUGUAUGUUUGUUAGCAGUCAUUUUAAAGCUUCAGUUGUUUGUUUUAAAGGAAUAUAUGGCCAAUGGGUGAUUGCUUUACAGGAGGAAAAUAGUUUUAGUUUGUAAAUAUUGAUGUACAAAAAAACCCAAUUUCUUUACAGUUAUUGAAGCCAUGUUUUAUUAAGAUGUCUUUAUAUUAUGGGAGAGUUUCAUCUGGUAAAGGCUAAAUGACUACUCAUUUGGUGUGUCUGCAUUAAAUGUUUGAUUCACUGAA